AUGCACCAAGAGGGCUCCUCGGCGUUAGCGAACGAGUUGUUCUCCUCGUGCAACUCCGCAGAGGCCCACGACAAGGAGACCUACCGCGCGUAUCUACACCAGGUGGCGGCAGAGCUCAACGAAACGUAUCCCGAGGGCUCCUUUCUCGUCUUCAACUUCCGCCAGGGCCACCCGUCCGCGUCGUCGUCCCGGCGGAGCCUCCUGGCGGAGGUUCUGGCGGAAUUCGAGAUGACUGUGCUGGAGUAUCCGCGGCACUAUGAGGGGUGUCCCAUUCUGCCGCUCGACAUGGUGCAGCAUUUUCUGCGGAGCAGCGACAGCUGGCUGAAGCAUGCGGACGAGGUGGAUGAUUUUCACCACCAGAGCCCCACGGUUGCUACCGCUGAUGCUGCUGCUGCUGCUGCUGCUGCUGCUGCUGCUGCUGCUGCUGCAGUUGCUUCCCGGAUAGGAGCGGAUGGAGGUACAGGGUGUGGGGAGGAUGCGGAGUUGGAUGAGCUUGGGAACGGGUGUGGGAAUGGAUGCGAGAGAGGAGGAAGGGAUGGUGAGAUGGAGGUGAGGAAUGGCGAGACUGCGCAGGUACCUACAGCGUCACCUCCGCGUCGGACUCUUUUCCCACCUCCUUCUCCUUUCCCCCGGUCUCAGUCACACUCAACAAGCCAUCAUCACCACCAUCACAACCAUCACAACCAUGCAGACCACCACCACCAUCACCAUCACCAUCACCAUCACCAUCACGACCACCAGCAUCACCAGCAUCACCAGCACCCGCAGCACCAGCAGGAGCACAACCACGAGCAGAACGUGGUGCUGUUUCACUGCGAGCACGGCGGGUGGCCUGUGCUGUCGUUCAUGAUCUCGUGCUUCCUGGUAUAUCGCAAGCAGGGUGCCCUCACAGCCAUGAGCGAGGAGGAAACGCUGCUGGCAGUGCAGAAGGGCGGAGGGUCGAGGGAGUUGCUCAAACUGCUGUACCCUGUUGACCCCACUGCGUCUCAGGUGCGGUACCUUGAGUACGUGAGUCGGCGAAGCAGCAUGCCCACGUGGCCCCCAGAGGAGCGCGUGGUUCAACUCGACUGCAUGAUCCUUCGUACGGUUCCCAGAUUCGAUUCUGCGGGCGGCUGCCGCCCGGCAAUCAAGAUCUACGGGCGGGUCCCUGAGAGCACGCACAGGGAGACGACGCUGCUGUUCCACAGCCUGAAGCGGGCGCAGAGGGGAUGGGGGACGCCGCCGGGGGGAGGAUGGGGCGGUGGCACGCCAAGGGGAGGCUGGGGAACGCCUGGGGGAGGGUGGGGAACGCCAGGAACGCCUGGAGGAGGGGGGUGGGGGACGCCAAGAGGGGGGGGAGGGUGGGGGACGCCGAUGGGGGGCGGAGGGUGGGGGACGCCGAGAGGGGGAGGAGGGUGGGGAACGCCGAGGGGUGGGGGAUGGGGAACGUCUGGGGGAGGAUGGGGGACGCCACAGGCAACUCCUAGAGGAGGAGGGAAGGGGGGAUUCAUUCCGCACUACAAGCAGGUAGGAGAGGAGGAAACUUUUGAGGCGCCUCAAAGGUGGGGGAUGGGGAACGCCUGGGGGACGCCACAGGCAACUCCUAGAGCAGGGGGAAAGGGGGGUUUCAUUCCGCACUACAAGCAGGGCGACAUGGAGGUGGUGAAGGGAGACACAGAAGUGGUGAAGGUGAACGUGCAGGUGGCGGUGCAGGGGGACGUGGUGGUGGAGUGCGUGCAUGUGGACGAGGAGGGCGAGGGCGAGGCGGUGAUGUUCCAGGUGGUGUUCAACACGGCCUUCCUGCGCUCCAACAUGCUGCUGCUCGACCGCCACCAGCUCGAUAUCCUCUGGGACGCCAGCGCCAGCUUCUCAGAGGAUUUCCGGGUCGAGCGUCACCCUCCUCUUCCCCCAUUCCUUCCACCCAUCCUGCCCCCCUCCCCGCCACAGCUUCUAUUCGCAGAGCCGGACCACGACAUCCCACCCACGCCCUCGCCCAGGUUCUUCCACAGCGACUCCUCCCGGUUCUCACCACACCACUCCACCACCCCAUCAGCGUCUUCCUCCCCUCUCCCCGACGAGGACUUUCAGACGCUCGCUGCUCUCUUCCAGUCAUCCCACUGGUCUCCUGACGACAGCCGCAGGGCUCUGGAUCACCUCCGCUUGCAGCUCCUGGGGGAAGCCUCAGGCGCAGGAGGAGGAGGAGCAGGUGUAGCAGGACCUCCUGGUUCCCCUGGGUUCUCGAUUCCGCCUUCGCUUGCCGCGUCGCUUGGGUCGGGUUCGGUUCCAGGUUCGGUGCUAGGGUCGCUCGCUGGGUCGCUGUGUGGUUCGGCUGCCGCGUCUGCUGUAUGCUCGCCAAGAGCUGCUGCUGCAGCAGCUGCUGGUGGUUUUCCUGGCAAGCUCACUCAUCCCCAGGUGCAGCUGCUGCGGAGAUCGGGUGCUGCUGGUGGUGGUGGUGGUUCGGGCGAAUUCUCCGGCCCGCUCUCUCCUGCUUUGUUCACGUCCACGUCAGCGAAUGAACGGCAGCACGAGGCACUGCCCAAGUGGUCCAUUCAUGACGUGGAGGAGGAUGAGGAGGCUGAUUUCUCCAAGCUCGUGGAUGAGCCUGGUGAUGAGUCAUCAUCUCGUGACACGUCACCGACUCUCUCCAGUGACGUGAUUGGCUCGCGGGGAUCCACCAGAGAGUCCAGCUCAUCACCUCCCGCGAACCACAAGCUUUUCUCCUCUCCUCGCAGUUCUUCUGCUUCUGCUGCUGCUGGUGGUGGUGGUGGUAGGAGCGGUAGCAGUGGUGCUGGUGUAACUAGAGCAAGGCAGAGAGCAGGUAGAAAAGCAGCACAAACAGGCAGACUAGGGAAGGUGGAUGUGAGUGCGUUGAGCGUGGGAGUGCUGUUCGGGGGGUCUGUGGAGGAGGAUGAUGAGGAGGAGGAGGACGAGGAGGAGGAAGGGCUGGGGGAGGAAGGCUCUCGAGAGAAGCAGAUGAGGAUGCUGCGGUUCUUAGGCAGGUUUGGUGCACCUGAUGCUGGUGGUGGCGGCGGCGCAGGUGGUGGUGGUGGUGGUGGUGGUGGAAGAAGUGUUGGGUCUGGCUCAGGACUUAGAAGCAGUCUGGAUGGAGGGAUUGCAGGAGGUGGAAGGGGACGGGGAGGAGUGGGAGGAGUGGAAAGCGGUACUGGGAAUCAUCACUCUGGUAAAGUGGGAUUUGCAACGUCAACCGUGGGUGAGCAUGGGGAUCUGGCCAGUGCAAGAGGAACAGCUGGGCUAGUUUUAGGGUUUGGUCGGAGGUCAGUAGAGGGUGAAUCAGGGCCGGGAACAGGGAGAAGAAAAGCAGCAGCAGGAGCAGGAGCAGGAGUAACAGCUGGGGGGGUUGACAGUGACAAACACGCUGGGGUGGGGCGUGCAAGGGAAGGGUUGCAGGGGCUGCGAGGGAAAGAGCUGCUGGAGAUUCCCCGGCAUAAGCUAAAGCAGGCGCGCACCCACAAGCACGCGCAUGAGCUCGCUCUCUUGCCUCUUGAUCUGGCUGGUGGUGGCCCGUCGCUGUUUCGCUUUGAGCAUGACCUUCCUCUGCCUGCUGUGCUGGCAGGGAAGGGUGAUGUAGGGUUAAGAAUGAAUGAUUUGAGAAGGGAGGAGGGUAGCAGAGGGAAGGAGACGCUUGGUGGAGGAGCAGAGACGAGGUGGAAGGGAAAGGAAGGUGGAAUGUCGAGUGGCGUGAGUGUGGAAGCAGCAGGAGCCAGGGGAGGGGACGGGCAAGCCUCGGAGGGGUUGACAGAUGGGGGUAAGGUGGGAGGGGCGGAAGGAGGAGGGCAUGAGACGCAGGAGAAGGGUGGAGCAGAGAGCACGGAAGGAUCACCUUCGGACUGGAACGAAUCCCGCAGGAAGUCUCGGAGGGAGUUUGUCAAGGGCCUGUCUCUCAAGAUCCCUGACAGCGCAGCAGGUGACAACGACGGAGGGAGCAGUGACGGCGGGGGGAAGGAGAACGACGUAGACGACCGCAAUGGUAUCAUCCGCAGCAGUAGCAGCAGAAGAAGCGGCGGGUUGGAGGAUGGGGCUCCUUUGUCUGUUCGGGAGCGGUGCGCGUCCCUAGGCAGCAGAGGAGGGAGCUUCAAGGGGGGGAAAGGGUCCAUGGAUAGUCCCUCUGCGCCCAAACUGGGCUCUGAAUUGGCGUCUCUAGGGAGCAGAUCAGGCAGGGUAGCGCAGCUGAGAUUGAGCCUAUUACAAGAGCUGGAGAAGGAGAAGGAGAAGGAUGGAGUGGCAGGGGCAGGAGCAGGGGCGGGGGCAGGAGUGGUGGCACAUAGUUCGCCUAGGCCAGUCGUGGAUGAGUGCUUGUCUGCUAGGCAUAAGCUGCAUGUGGUGUGGCCCCCUCCUGGGCAUAUGCUUGCUGGAGGGGAUGGUGGAGGAGGGGGCGGUGGUGCUGGUGGUAGGGGUGGUGGGAGAGGGAGCGGGAAGCGGCAUUCCACAGGGGGGAUUGGGAUGGAGGGAGCGGAGGAGAGGAAGGGGUCUGGGCUGGUGAGGAGUUUCAGCCGGCGGUUCAGUGGUGGUGAUGUGGGGUUGAAGCUGAAUAAGGUGCAGACACCAAACGCUGCUGCGGCUGCUGCUGCGGCUGUGAUUCUCAGCUCGCCCGUUCCAUCCAUUGCUGCUGAUUCUGCUGCUUCUCCUGCUGCUGGUGCUGCUGCUGCAGCUGGUGCUGGUGCUGGUGCUGGUGCAAGUGGCAUUGAUGGAGUGCGCACUGCAGCAAGGGGGGAUGCAGCUGAGAAUCCAGAUGCUGCUGCUGCUCCCUCGAACACUGCCUCUUCCUGCUCUCCCCCUCGUUCCUCUGCUCGCAGCACGGCAGUUCCUCUCAGUUCCUCCCCUGCAGCGCCUUCAACAGGAGCACACCAACCACCUCCUACCGCUUCCCCUCCACCACCACCCCCACCUCCUCCCCCUGCUCCACCUCCACCUCCUCACCCGUCUGGAAGUGCGGUGCCAACCCCCCCUCCUCCUCCACCCUCACCCCCCCCACCUCCUCCCGGAUCAGCCCCCCCUCCGCCCCCCCCUCCUCCCCCUCCCCCACCCGCCCGCCCACCCGGGGCGCCUCCCCCUCCCCCGCCUCCUCCUGGCGCUCCUCCCCCUCCCCCACCCCCACCCGCCCCCCCUGCCCCUCCAGGCAGAGGCCCACCUCCCCCUCCUCCCCCUCCCCCUGGGAAGGGUGCACCUCCCCCUCCCCCACCUCCUCCUGGCAGGGGCGCACCUCCCCCACCCCCACCCCCGCCUGGAGCCCGCGGUCCCCCUGGUCCCCCACCCCCCCCGCCUCCCCCUGGUGCACCACGAGGCCCCCCAGGCGGCCCUCCCCCUUCCCUUCCCCCCCCUGGCGCACCAAGAGGUCCCCCAGGCGCCCCUCCCCCUCCCCCUGGACCCAAAGGUCCUCCGCCCCCUCCCCCUCCGGGGGGGAAGCUUCCGCCACCUCCCCCCCCUGGGGGGAAGCUGGCGCCCCCUCCUCCACCAGGGGCAGGGAGAGGGGCGGGAGUGGGGGCCCACCAGCAGCACUACCAUCAGCAAUCAGGGGCAGCUGGGGCUGCUGUUGCGGGUGUGAGGAGAACGCCUCUCAAGUCAUUUUACUGGGGGAAGGUGGUGCGGCCAGUGGAGGAUAGCCUGUGGGCGGUGUCUCAGAGUGACCCAGACAGCAGAGUCAACCUGGAGCUGAAUCUGGAGGAGCUAGAGGAUCUCUUCUCAGCAGCACCGCCACCCAAGGCAGUCAAGCCAAAGCAGCAAGAGACAGCCAAAGUGGAGAAAGUUACCCUGAUUGACAUGAAGCGCUCCAACAACUGUCUCAUCAUGCUCUCUAAUUUCAAGAAGUACACCUACGCGCAGCUUGUGGAUGCAGUGCUGGCGCUGGACACAACAGUGCUGAACGAGGAGGGCGUGGAGGCCCUGCACAAGUUCAGCCCCACCAAGGAAGAAAUAGAGCUGCUCAAGUCUUUCCCUGGGCCAAAGGAAUCGCUGGGACUAUGCGAGCAGUUCUUCCUGGAAAUGAUCCGAGUGCCUCGCAUAGAGCGCAAGCUCCUCGCAUUCCAGUUUAAGCUCUCCUUCUCACGACAGGCAGUGGAUGUGCGUCACAGCAUGGAGCUGGUCAUACAGGCAUGCAAGGAGAUCCGCGAGUCAUUCCGCCUGCGUCGCAUCAUGCAGACCAUCCUGUCUCUUGGCAACGCCCUCAAUCAAGGCACUGCUCGCGGUGCUGCAGUGGGGUUCAAGCUGGAUAGCCUGCUGAAGCUUACGGACACCAAGACACGCAACAGCAAGAUGACUCUCCUGCACUACCUUGCUAAGGUGCUGGAGACGAAGCUGCCAGAGAUAGCCAAGUUCCCAUCUGACCUGCCUUCGCUGGAGAAAGCACACAAGGUGCAAGUGAAGCAGCUAGCGGAGGACAUGCGGCAGCUGACCAACGACAUGGUCAUGGCGGAGAAGGAGCUCACUGCCUGCGGCUCUGAUGGGCCCUGCGCCGAGGGCUUCCGGAAGGCACUGGGCGCGUUCCUGGAGGAGGCAGCAUCAGAUGCGAGGCAACUGUCAGCACUCUAUGCUGAAACUAACCAUAGAAUGGCAGUGGACGAAAUCAGCAAGCACGUGGAGGCCUUGCAUUGCAAUCACAAACCCUCUUCUCCUCCCCUCCAAGCUCCCCAAUUCGCCCUCCUUCCCAUCCACACCACGCCUUCCCUCCCCCACCCACCCCUCCAAACUACAAGAACGCUGUGGAGGACAACAACAAGCACAGGGAGGCCUUGCAAUCACAAACCAGACUCCUCUUCCUCUCCCAUGUCCCCGUUUCUUUCUCCCUCCUCCCCUACCCCUCCAGUGACUCUGAUUCUCUUCAACUUCAUGCAGAACUACAAAAAGGCAGUGGAGGACAACAACAAGCAGGUGGAGGCGGAGAGGAAGAGGCUAGAGAGGGAGCUCAAGGCACAGCACAAGGCGGAAAGAGCCCUGCGCCACCCCACCACACCCCGACGAAGCGGCAGCAGCAGCAGCAAUGGCAGGAACAACAGUAUCGGCGUUCCGAACGGCACCGCCACCACGCCUCGUCGAACCCCGGGAACGCCCAGAGCAGGCAGCACGGGGGGCGCACGUACCCCCCGGGGAGCAGCAGGCAGUGGUGGUGGUGCUGCUGCUCCUGGUUCUGCCGGCACGCCGCGCACUCCCAGAGCCAGCAGCAGCAGCAGCUUUAGACGGAGCACGUCAACCAGCAGUAAUGGGGAUGGGCGCAGUGGGUCGUUUCGAAGGAGCUCCUCCUCUGCCACCUCUUCUGCAGACUCUCCUGCUACGCCCGGAUCUGCUUCUGCUUCUGCUUCCGGUUCUAGUGCUGGUCGAGCUGGGUGUCAGGAAGGCUCUAGGGCAAGUCCAGAGGAGGCAGUGAAUGAUUCUGCUGCUGGUGCUGCUGAAGGGACAGAGAAACGGGGGACCUGCGAUAACAAGACUGGCAUGGAAGCUGCUCUGGUGUGA